GUCGCUUGGUGGUGGUGGUCGCUGAAGGUCGUGGCGGCGGCGGUGGUGGAGGCGGCGGCGGCACUGUGACUCUGACCCGCCUCUCUCUCUCUGGCACUCUCUCUCUCUCUCUCUCUCUCUCUCUCUCUCUCUCUCUCUCUCUCUCUCUCUCUCUCUCUCUCUCUCUAACGCCGCCGCACGCUCGCUCACUAACAGAGAAGACGAACUCAAAUACUAACAGUUAACACGCCCGAUAUAAUACUGAAAACACACAUACACACACACACACACACACACAUACGCACGCACGCAAGGCACCGAGGCGUGAGUGUGUGGGUGUGUGUGCGUGUGUGUGUUUGUGUCCCACGCGGUCCGGCCUGCCUGCUGCUAACAUGUGAGACCCGAGCCGCGCCUGCCACGCCCUUCUAUACACCUGUGCCGAGUGAGUGCACGGUGAAGCAGAAGAAACAGAAUAGGCGUCCCCUAGAACAAGAAACAGCAGGAGAGUCUGUCGCCGCUGGGGAUGCGGCUCGGCGGGCGGCGCCACCCCCACACGUGCUGACGGGUCAUGGCUCGCCGGCGCUGGCUGAUGGUGGGGCUCGGCCUGGUGCUGGGCGGCUACCUGGCCCUCGCCGCCCUCACUCUCCUGGCUGCCCUGCCUCAGCAACCCAGAGGAGAGGGCGAGGGCAGCGGCGGGGAGGCGCGCUACACGCUGCCGUCCCUGGAGGAGGUGAUCCAGUCCGUGCGUGACCUGGACGUCCAGCGGGUCCUCAGGAUGUACAGCGAGCAGCACCAGCAGGUCCCGGCCUCCACGCCUCCUGUACGAGUGGUGGUCUCCUCCACGUGGCGCAGCGGCUCCACCCUGCUGGGGGAAGUGUUGGCGGCGCACCCCGGGGCAUACUACCACUACGAACCUCUCAUGCCCUACGGCCUCCAACAACUGGGGCCCUCUUCGAGCUUGCAGGGCGAGGCUGAGAGGUUGCUGCGUGGGCUGCUGCGGUGCGACUACCAGCUGGCGGACGACUACCUCAAAUUCGCCUUCGUGAACCACGACAUGUUCAUGCGCAACUCGCGGCUAUGGUCCAUGUGCAGCGCCAUGCCUCGCACCAAGUGCUACACCCCGGACACCCUGGGCCGCCUCUGCUCCCUCUUCCCCGUGCACGUCAUGAAGGUGGUAAGGGCGCGUCUGGAGCUCCUGGCGCCCCUGCUCUCCGACCCAAGAGUCCGCCUGGUGUGGUUGGUGCGUGACCCUCGCGCCGUCAUGAACUCCAGGACCUCUAGUGUUACCUGGUGUCAGACCCGCGCCUGUAGCGACCCGGGCUACUUGUGCUCCGACCUGACUGCUGACUUCAGCACAUAUUUAGUGUUGAAAGAGAUGCGGCCUGACCAGGUGAUGCUGCUCAGGUAUGAGGACUUGGCUCGCAACCCCUACGAGAAGAGCCGCGAGGUGCUGGCCUUCGCCGGGCUGACCUUCCACCGCAAAGUGAAGGAAUACUUGGACGACCAUCUCACUUCCGACGAGGACGAGCCGUGGAGCACCCGCCACGACCCCAGGACACGCGUGGCACGGUGGAUGAAGGUGAUGAGAUUUGAGGACGUUGUGAGGACUCAGUACCACUGCCACAACAUCAUGAAGAGCCUCGGCUACAGACUGUUCACAUCAAAGGCAGACAUGGACACAGGAAACGCCGUCGGUCUGUUGAACGUACUUUGACGGGCGUCUUUUCUCAGGCUGAAUUCAGGCGACAGUGACCACCGUCAACCAGCGUUCUCAUAUCAGCGUCUGUGUUUCCAGCGGGCAUGAUAGGCAGUGACGCCUGUGUAAAGGGAGCCUAAGAUGCCUUGCACGGUGUUAGGGGGAACAAAACAUGCGUGCAGUGUACGGCUUGGAUAGGUGAGGUACUCGCGUUGCACCGACACCAAGCCUCUCGAGCAGUGUCGCGAAGACUCCUAAUCUUAAGGACCACGUGUUCCGCACCUUAGAGUAGUUUUUGCACCGUACUGUUUAUAUGGCCAUGUGUCUGUGAUAUGAAGCCUCAUCAUGUUCUGUUCUGAACGGGCAUGUAUGAGAUAUACAUACUAUUAUAUUUUCAUGAGUGGGAGAAUGAGGAGGCAAGAGAAGUUUGUGAAAUAAAAUACUAGACAUUGUAAA